CGGGACCGCGGAUGGGAAGAACGCCAUCCCGAUGUAUAUCAAAUGCAAAAAUGUCUGGGUCUGGAGUUUUGCCGGGUUUGUCAUGCAUAUUUUGCAUGACCCAGGAUGUCUGUAAUGCACGGCGUCGCGUCACAAAUUUUUAGCGGGCUUCCUGAUGCCUACUCCGCAUGACAAAUGCCCUCCCCGCGUAGCACAAACUAGACUCCUCUUGCUAGGCAUGCCAUAAAAAUUUUUUAAGCGUCUAAAGUUAGCAUCACAAGUUCCAACCUUCCAGACCCAGACAUUUUUGCAUUUCAUAAUGUAGUUGCCGAAUUAGAAAAUGAGCCAUCCGCCCGAUUUCAUGUGACCGAAACGGGGAUCGGUCUUAUCGCGAGCGGAGCUGCGGCUGUCUUCAUGGGCGCAGCCGGAGCUGGGCCCCCUGGCUGGUGCGUCUACUGCGGGGCCGCUAGUGCAACCGUUGGCGGAAUCGCGAUAGUAUGCGACUGUUCGCGCAGGUGUCGCCAGCAGCGCUUCUACCAACCAAAGCAAGGCUGCACACCGCUCGUGGUCACAUCACGGCUAGCUAUGUUAUACACGAUGUUGACUGCUGGGCCGCUACUCGGCACCAACAAAACUAGCGAAGUUACUUUGUGGCGCCACGAUUUGUAUGAAAUUAUUACCUCUGCUCGUCUGCGUUUCCAUUUCCUUCCCGCAGCAAGUAGGCAAAAAAAUUCAACGUCAUACGUAAUUCUGCCGCGUCUGCUCGUUUUAUUGGGGCUAGAUGUCAAGCUCGAUGAUGGAAUGUUUCGCGCUAGUAGAUUUCAAGGACGAUGAUCUCGGAUCAGCACGGAUGUGUGACCGUGACGACGACCAAGCUAGAAGAACAAAGCAAGUGUACUUAGUACACAUUCUUUGUUCUUCUAGCUUGGUUGUGGUCGUGGGACGAGUGGUGUACAGCUUUUCUGCAGUUGGACAACCCGCAAGACGAGUUCAGACACGGGAGUGCCGCCGCGAGGCAGCUGCGGCUGCGGCCCCGGGCCCGGUCCGCCGAGAGGCGCCGCCAAGAGGCGCCGCCAAUGCAGCAGCAAAUGCAGGGCCCACAGGGUCAGGGAGCGGCAGCCCGCCCGCCAACUCAGCAGCAAAUGUUGCCCGACCGCCAACCUCAGGAUCCGGCGCGGCCGGAUCAUGUACUUCCGGGGGCGUGGCUGUGAUCGUGGACUAGACUAAGUACCGACAUCGCUCGACCGGCGUGAUGAAAGGUACUAAAGCUGCGAAAGAUGAUUUGGUGGCAGCUCUGAGGGCAUUUUUACCGGGUACUGCUCUACAAAAAUCUCGGCACGCAUCGUCCCAGACCGUAUGUUAUAUAAAAUGCAAAUAUAUCUGGGUCUGGAAGGUUCCGAGACUUGUCAUGCAGAUUUUCCCUGAUCCACGUCGUCUGGAAUGCAGGACCUAGCAUGACAGAUUCUGUGAGAUCCCUAUCAUGCCUAUGCUGCAUGAGAAACUUCCUCUCAACUUCGUCAAAAGUGGACAACUUUUGGCAUUCAUGCAACACAGAUUUUUGCAUGAUCCAGAAUUAGCAUUACAAGUUGCAAC